GUGAAAAAUAAAGCACCCGCGGAAGUUCAGAUCACAGCAGAACAGCUUUUACGAGAGGCAAAAGAGAGAGAACUUGAGCUCCUUCCACCACCUCCGCAACAGAAGAUCACAGAUGUCGAAGAGUUAAAUGACUAUAAACUCCGGAAGAGGAAGACUUUUGAAGAUAACAUAAGAAAAAACAGGACUGUUAUCAGUAACUGGAUAAAGUACGCACAAUGGGAGGAAAGCCUGAAGGAAAUACAGAGGGCCCGUUCCAUCUACGAGCGUGCGUUAGAUGUGGACUACAGGAAUGUUACACUCUGGCUGAAAUACGCAGAAAUGGAAAUGAAGAACCGCCAGGUUAACCACGCCCGAAACAUCUGGGAUCGAGCCAUUACCACCCUCCCCAGGGUGAACCAGUUCUGGUACAAGUAUACUUACAUGGAGGAGAUGUUGGGGAAUGUUGCUGGGUCACGCCAGGUGUUUGAACGUUGGAUGGAGUGGCAGCCAGAGGAGCAAGCCUGGCAUUCCUACAUCAACUUUGAGCUGAGAUACAAGGAGGUGGACAGGGCACGUACCAUUUACGAGAGAUUUGUUAUUGUCCACCCUGAUGUGAAGAACUGGAUCAAGUACGCCCGCUUCGAGGAGAAGCACAGUUACUUUGCUCACGCGAGGAAAGUGUAUGAGAGGGCGGUGGAGUUCUUUGGAGAAGAGCAUAUGGAUGAGCACUUGUAUGUGGCUUUUGCGAAGUUUGAGGAGAACCAGAAAGAGUUUGAAAGAGUAAGGGUGAUCUACAAGUACGCCUUGGAUAGAAUUCCAAAACAGGACGCCCAAAAUCUCUUCAAGAAUUACACCAUCUUUGAGAAGAAGUUUGGAGACAGAAGGGGGAUUGAAGACAUCAUCGUCAGCAAGAGGAGAUUCCAGUACGAAGAGGAAGUGAAGGCAAAUCCUCACAAUUACGACGCGUGGUUUGACUACCUGAGGUUAGUCGAAAGUGACACAGACGCUGAGACCGUCCGGGAAGUGUAUGAAAGAGCCAUCGCCAAUGUUCCCCCGAUUCAAGAGAAAAGGCACUGGAAAAGAUACAUCUACCUGUGGAUUAACUACGCGUUGUAUGAAGAGCUGGAGGUCAAGGAUGCCGAGCGUACCAAAGAAGUGUACCAGGCAUGUCUCGAGCUCAUUCCCCACAAGAAGUUUACGUUUGCCAAAAUGUGGCUGCUGUAUGCACAGUUUGAAAUACGCCAGAAAAACCUUCCUCUUGCCCGACGAGCUUUG